UUGCCUGUGUGGCUAUGCAUGAAGAAAAUCGAAAUUGCACAUAUUUUAAACCUAAAUUCAGUUUAAGGCUUCCGAUUUGUGAAGGACGUGCAAUGUGUAGAGUUGAUUUGAGGCGAUAAUUCAAACGAAAUUUCUGUUCGAUUGCUAUGAUUUCAUAGUUCUCGUAGUCGUCGUCUGCGUAAAUCUAGUAACAUAUCAACGUUUGGCAGUUGAAUUCGAGUCUUCCGAUCGAAAUCCUGUAUCCUUUGCCGCCUCUAAUCCGACCUAUCCUCUGCCGGAAUUUGCAAUGAGAAAGACCGGAAGAGGAGGCCGGCGGGCUGAUCAGAAUCGAACUCAAGAGGUUUGGGUUGCCAAACACUCGAAUCAAACUCAGAAUCGCGCUUCUACCUCCGGCUCACAGCGCUUGGAGCCCGGUAAUCGUCCUUCUACUGGUCGUAAUUCCAACUACGAGCAUGAGAAUCGCCGCCGCCCCCGUCCCCGACCUGUCGAGAAAGCGGAGGUGAGUGCUUUAGCCGAUGGAAUAGAAUCUUUCACUUGCGACGAAAAGCCUGUGGAAAUGGAGAAGAGAUGCGGAGAUGUUGUGAAUUCGAACUGUGAGAUUAAAGACGGGACGGCCGGAAACUCUGGCUCAAGUGAGGCUACGGAUGAUGUUUACAGUAGGUUGGGGAUGCUGCAACGCAGCUCCGAGGAGCCGGAGUUGUCGGAGGAGCAGCUUAGGAUCAAUGAUCAGUUGCAGGAAGAUGAGUUGCUGGCUUUGGAGUCCAUAUAUGGAGAAAAUAUCCAUAUCCUCGAUGAACAUAGAGGGCAGCGCCGUUUCCAGAUUUCCAUACACAUUGAGUGUCCUGGUGAUAUUACUGUUACUGCAAAUCUCAACUCAUCUGGUGCUCUUGAGAUGAAAAGAACAAAUUCAGACAAUUUCUCUUGUUCUUUCAAAGUCAAGUAUCUUAAUCCCAUUGUUUUGACCUGUUUAUUACCGAAAUCAUAUCCGAGUCACCUACCUCCAUAUUAUACAAUCUCUAUUCAGUGGUUGGACGCUGCUAGAAUUUCCCGUCUUUGCUCUGUAUUGGAUACGAUAUGGACAGAACAAGCAGGGCAGGAAGUUGUAUAUCAAUGGGUAGAAUGUCUACAAAUGUCAUCUCUGGUUUAUCUUGAGCUAGAUAAAGAGAUUACGCUUGGUCCUUACAACAAGGGACAUUCGGGAGAUAUUCGAGCAGUUUCGGGAAGUGUUUCUCCAGAAGUUGAUGUUCCUGCCAUUGUAAAUUAUGACAAUCAGAGACGUGAGGAGGACUUCUGCAUGAACUUGCAGGAAUGCUGCAUCUGUUUAAGUCAGUUGGCAGGUACAAAGUUUGUAAGAUUUCCAUGUAAGCAUUACUUUUGUUGGAAAUGCAUGGAGACAUACUCAAACAUGCAUGUCAAGGAAGGCACCGUUAGCAAACUCAAAUGUCCAGAUGCCAAAUGCGAUCUUAUGCUUCCUCCUGGUCUUUUGAAGCAAUUGCUUGGUGCUGAGGAGUUCGAAAGAUGGGAAUCCAUGUUGCUCACGAAAACACUGGAGUCAAUGUCCGAUGUAGUCUAUUGCCCAAGGUGUGAAACCCCCUGCCUCGAGGACAUAGAUCAUGAUGCUCAAUGCUCGAAGUGUUACUUUAGUUUUUGUACACUCUGUAGCGAGAGACGUCAUGUCGGAAUUGAAUGUAUGACUCCAGAAAUGAAGCUUCGUCUUCUUGAGGAGCGUCAAAGUUCAUCUCAGUUAAGUAGUGAUCAAAGACGAAAGGAACGCGAGAUGAUAAAUGAGCUUAUGAGUGUCAAGGAAAUACUUCGCGAUGCCAAGCAAUGCCCAUCUUGCAAAAUGGCAAUAUCACGGACCGAAGGUUGCAAUAAGAUGGUUUGCAAUAACUGUGGACAGUAUUUCUGUUACCGCUGCAGCAAGGCAAUUGAUGGAUAUGACCAUUUCAGGGAGGGCACAUGUGAAUUGUUCCCGCAAGAAACCAUUCAACAGUGGGAAGAGCGCAUGAAUGCACGGCAGCUGUUGGGCCAGAUUCAUGCAGAACUUUUUCCUGAAAAUGGUCAUCCAUGUCCUAAUUGUGGUCAAAUUAAUGCCAAGGUUGGCAAUAACAAUCACAUACGUUGCUGGGCGUGUCAAAACCACUACUGCUAUCUAUGCAAAAAAAUUGUGAAGCGCAGCUCCCAGCAUUAUGGACCCAAGGGCUGCAAACAACACACAGCUGGUUAGUUUUACUGCUACACUUCCAAAAGCCAAGGCUUAUUAUUACCCAUCAAAAUUAAAGGGAAGAGCCAUUUACAGUCUCGUAAAGCUUUUAUCUUCUUCUCCCACUUUUUCUUACCCCUUUUUCCCCUCUUUCACUUCAUUUUUCUGACUGAUUUAGUUUAGUCGAUCAUAGGAUAAUGUUUUAUUCAACACUUCUUUUUUUGUUGAAACAGAUAUCAGUAACUUUUAUAAGGUUUACCCAUGUAAAUGUAUUAGAAUUACAGGCCUGUUCUAAUAAUACCCAUGCUGUGGUUCAUAUUUUUAGU